AUGGCUCUAGUUGAUUUGAGAGAGCUUAAGUUACAGCUCCAGGACCUCUUGAGUAAGGGGUUUAUUAGGCACAGUGUGUCUCCCUGGGGUGCUCCUAUUCUGUUCAUGAAAAAGAAUGAUGGGCACGUGGUAUCCAAGGAUGGGAUUACGGAAGAUCCAGCGAAGAUAGCGGCAAUUCGUGAUUGGGCUAGGCCUGCUUCUCCUACCGAGGAAACGAUUGAGAUGAAGAAAAUCAGCAAAGAAUCAUCAAGGAAGGUAGCAUUUUCCAAGAGACGCAAAGGACUUUUCAAGAAAGCUGUGGAACUUGAAUCGAUGACUGGUGCUCAAGUUGCCAUUCUUGUUUUCUCUCAGGCAGGAAAACCCUACACUUGUGGGGACGUUGAAAGGCAUUGUUCUGAAUCCUCAGGAAUCAUAUCUGAGUCAACUGAUACAUUCGAUGUUGAAACAUGUCACAACAUUUUGUUCCAGAGAAGAAAGGAAUCUGAUUAA